AAACAGUAAUUUGUUUUCUCUCUUUCAUAGAUAUUGCUGAUCAUAAAGAAGAUGUGACUCCCAGACCAACCCUGAGUGGGAAGGAUGAGUUUAGAUGUCCCUCUGCUGAACGAUUACAAACAGGACUUCCUGCUGAAGCGCUUCCCACAAACCGUUCUUGGAGGCCCUCGACUCAAGUUAGGCUACUGUGCCCCUCCUUACAUAUAUGUUAACCAGCUUGUGCUUUUCCUGAUGCCAUGGGCCUUAGGUGGAACAGGAACUCUUCUGUACCAACUGGACAUUCUGAGAGACUUCACAGCAGCAGCCCUUUCCGGGGGGCUAAUGGUGUUCACCGCGUGCGUCAUCCAGCUCAUAAGUGUGUACGCCAAGAGCCAGUCGGUGCUGGUCAGAAGGAUCAUAGCCAGGGACAUCUUAGCAGAGGAAGACGAGCACGAAUUUACGAGCUGUGCUGGUGCUGAGACCAUCAAAUUUCUGAUUCCUGGCAAAAAAUACGUAGCUAAUACAAUUUUUCAUUCUGUUCUUGCUGGGUUGGUGUGUGGUCUUGGAACAUGGUAUCUGCUCCCAAACAGAGUUACCGCGCUAUAUGGCAGCCCCGGGGCCACUGCUGCGCUCUUUGUCUUUGGGUGGAUAACACUUUGCAUAGGAGAAUACUCACUAAUUGUAAACACUGCCACAGAGACAGCGACCUUUCAGACCCAGGAUACUUAUGAAAUCACUCCUCUCAUGAGACCACUUUAUAUUUUUUUCUUUGUUUCUGUGGACCUUGCACACAGGUUUGUUGUAAAUAUUCCAGCUCUAGAGCGGACGAAUCAGAUUCUGCACAUCUUGUUUGUGUUAUUACCCUUCCUGUGGGCACUUGGGACUCUGCCCCCACCCGAUGCGCUUUUCUUUUGGGCAGUGGAGCAGGUUUUAGUGUUUGGUCUUGGAGGCUCAUCCAUGUCAACUCACCUACGGUUAUUGGUGAUGUUCCUCCUUUCUGCGGGAACACCAAUCCUGUCCUACUUCAUGCCCAGCACCGUCGGCCUGGUUCUUCUCAUGACUGGACUAGGGUUCUUACUGAGUCUUAACCUAAGUCACCUGAGUCUGGUCUUCAGGCCUGGUGUGGCCAGGCACAGAGCAGGAAAUAGGCGUAAGGCUUUCCCAGGCAUCCUGGGACACGGGUUCAGGUGGAAGGAGUGCCUGCUGUGCAUCACCGUGUUGGGUGUGGCUCUCCUGGAAGCCGGGCUGCUGCAUCACUACGCCAGCUUCUCACGGAUUUCCAGAAGCAGCUCUCAGGCCAUCGUGGGCUAUGUUCUGAUGGCCUUGCUGCCAAUACUGUGCAUACUGAGAGAAACUCAGAGCAUCUACAUCUUUGGAAUUUUCCGAAACCCUUUCUAUCCGAAGGAUGUACGAGCUGUGUCUGUAUUCGCUGACAAGCAAAACAGGCUCCUGAAGAUUGGCAUUGUCAGAUGGAUUUUGCUAACUCUAGUGUCGCCUUUGGCUAUGGUGGCCUUCCUUGCCCUGGAUAGCUCGUUAUAUGGCCUGCACUCUGUGUCUGUCUGCAUUGGAUUCACCAGGGCUUUCAGAACGGUGUGGCAGAACACAGAAAAUGCCUUAUUAGAGACUGUGAUUGUAUCAGCAGUGCACAUGGUGUCUGACGCAGACUGCUGGUGGAACAGGAGCCUUGACACGGGAAUCAGGCUGUUAUUGAUUGGUAUCAUGCGAGACCGUUUGAUUCAGUUCGUCACUAAAUUGCAGUUUGCUGUGACUGUGCUUUUGGCAUCAUGGACAGAAAAAAAACAGCAUAGAAAAACAACAACGACUUUAUGUGUACUCAAUACUGUAUUUGCUCCCUUCGUGCUGUUUAUUAUUGUGUUCUCAACACUCCUGUCGUCUCCUUUGCUGCCCCUCUUCACCCUUCCUGUUUUCUUGGUGGGGUUUCCUCGUCCGGUUCAGAGCUGGCCAGGAGCGGUGGGCACUGCAGCUUGUGUGUGCACAGACACAGUGUUCUACCACCAGAUGGUCCCCAGGUUGACUGUGGCACUGCAGACUGCAAUGGCAGCUGGAAGUUUAGGUCUUCUUCUCCCUGGCUCUCAUUACCUGGGCCGUUUUGAGGAUCGUUUGAUAUGGAUAAUGAUUCUAGAACGUGGCUAUACUUACUGCUACAUUAAUGUUAAGGGCUUAGAGUUGCAGGAAACAUCCUGCCACACUGCUGAAGCCCAGAGAGUGGACGAAGUGUUUGAAAGUGCUUUUCAGCAAGAACACCCACGAGUGUGUUUCCUUAAUGAGCACCUGGGGAACGUCUUGACACCGUGCACUGUUUUGCCUGUGAAAUUGUAUUCCGAUGCCAGGAGUGUCCUGUCUGGCAUAAUUGAUUCUCAUGACAACUUGAGGGAGUUUAAAGAUGACCUCGUUAAAGUGCUUGUAUGGGUGCUUCUUCAGUACUGCUCGAAAAGGUCCGGCGCUCGGGAGAAUAUUCACAAAACUGAAAAUAACAGAGAAACCUCACCAGAGGCCCUGACUGCUUUGAACACUUCACCCUGCCCCGAAUCCCAAGAUUCAGAUAGUUUAAAAUCAGACGCUUUCCAUGACUGGUCUGAUGGUAGCAUUUUUGAUGAUGAACCAGCUAACAAAAGCAAAAAAGAAAAACUUGAGUUCAAAGAUCUACCGGGUACAAAUUUGCCUAUUCCAGGAUCCGUAGACUACCCGAGUGUGGAUGACCAUUCUACAGGCAUGGGCACGGGCCCUAAACAUGAUCUUUACAGGACAGUUUUGUUGGGACUUCCUGCCGUUGACAAGGGGCAGCGAGAAGACGUGGCAUACAUCCCUCUUGUGGAGUUCAGUUGCCCCCAGUCUCACUUGCUGAGCUUGCCUGAAGAGUGGAGGCCUCACUGGGCGCCCUGUUCCAGAGUGAGGCAGAUGAGCGCCUUGUUUCCAGGAGACUGGUAUCAGUUUGUCUUAAGUCAACUGGAAUGUUUCCACACAGAGGAAAAGUCAAGUGUACUAGAAGACAUCGCAAAGGAUAAAGCUUUAAAAGACUUGUAUGUCCGCACAGUGUUGACUUGUUAUGUUGGCUUAUUUGGCUUAGACAGCGCAGUGCCUACUCCUGGUCAGCUAGUAAGAGUCUACCACGGGGGCUUACCCUGGUCUGGCACCUUAGACUGGCUCUCAGAAACACCGGAGCUGUUCCUACUAUUUCGGAAAGCAUUCAGGUAUACGCUGAAACUAAUGGUUGAUAAAGCAAGUUUGGGUCCUAUAGAAGACUUUAAAGAACUGAACAACUGCCUCAGGGAAUAUGAGAGGGCCUGGUACAUUGGCUUAGUGUCUGAAGAGCAAUGGAAGGAAGCAAUUCUAGAAGAAAAGCCAUGCUUGUUUUCCCUGGGCUAUGAGUCUAGUAUGGGUGUUUACACCGCCAGGGUCCUGACGCUGCAGGAGCUGCCCCUGCACAUCGGGAAGCUGAAUGCUGAGGCUGUCCGAGGUCAGUGGGCCAACCUCUCAUGGGAACUGCUGUACGCCACCAACGAUGAUGAGGAACGUUACAGUAUCCAAGCUCACCCGCUUCUUUUGAGGAACCUCACUGUACAAGCCGCUGACCCUCCCUUAGGAUAUCCAAUUUUCUCUUCAAAACCUCUCCCCGUACAUUUGUGUUAGUCCAUGUUUACAUCCAAGUGCAAGCGCGUCACAGGAGGCACUGGCUUAAAAGUUAAGAGUCUUAAGUUACGUGGUUUCACUAGACUUUCUUCUUGCCCCAGGGAUGUCUGGGAGAAAGCCUGAGGUCUGUAAGCUGAUUCUCGACCAUCUGAAUGACUCAAACAGUAGCUCCUAUGUGUCUAACAUGGGUAAAAGUAGUUGGCCAAUAUUUGUGCUGUAUGAGUUCUGAUUGGCUUUGGUAGCUAGAGCCAUUUAUAUAAGAUAACAUGUUUUUUACUGCUUUGUAAAAUGUCUGAAAGGUGGUUUGUCUUUUAAAAAGUCAACAGGUGUGUACUUACAUACUAAGACAUUCAUAUCAAUAGUGUUUUUAAGUAAUAAUGGAUCUUUUAAUGGUUAAUAUAGCAAGUACAUAUAUUUAUUUGAAAUGUAAUUAAUUUUUAGCGUUUUCAGAUGUACUGUUGUAACAUUUAACAUGGUGUGAAUAGUUCCUUUCAGUGUAUUCAUUUUUCAUAUACUUCAGUUUGGAAACCAUGAGAACUGGAAAUAAAAUAUCACCAGUUAAGUCUUGUUCUUUGUGUUGGGAGAGGGGUGUGCACAUGUGUAGUUGCCCACCUAUGCUUACGGGGGCCAGGGGUCAGCCUCAGGCGGUGUCUCUCUCAGGGACUUGGGGCUUGCUGAAUUGGCUAGGCUGGCCAGCCAGUGAGCCCCAGCAGUGGGCUUAGAAGGACAUGCCGCCAUGCAUGGCUUUUUACAUGAGGGAUGACCAAACUUGGC